AUGUCGAACAACGUGCUCAACCAGGAUUUUGGGUCUGACGAUGAGGAGGAAGACUUUAACCCAGCCCCCCCUGUUGAGUCUGAUGAGGAACCGACCGCCCCUAGUCGCCAGCGCGGUCGCGAGAAUGUGGCUAACGGUCACGCUGAUGAAGAAGAUGAAGGCGCCGAUGCUGAGAAUGGCGGGGAAGAAGAGGAAGAAGAGGAAGGGGAAGGUGUUGCAGGGGAAGAGGAGGAAGAGGAAGAGGAAGAAGACGAAGAUGAUGAAGAUGCUGUUACGGGUCGGCCCAAGAAGCGCAGAAGGCGGGGUGGCGUGAAUGCUUUCUUCGAAGAAGAAGCUGGUGUCGACGACGAUGAUGAAGAAGCCGAAGACGAAGAGGACGAUAUGGGAGAUGGAUUUGGCGCUGAAGCACACCCCGACGACCUAGAUGCCCUACCAGUUGGCGCCGAACUAGAUGACGGCAGACACAGACAAUUGGAUCGCCAACGAGAGCUUGAAGCCAAUAUGGAUGCCGAGAAGCAAGCCGCCGCUCUGAAAGAAAGAUAUGGACGUAACCGCAUGGCUGCCACGGAUUCUCUUGUGGUGCCCAAGAGACUUCUUUUGCCCAGUGUGGACGACCCUAGUAUUUGGGGUGUCCGUUGCAAGCCUGGCAAGGAGAAAGAGGCCGUGUUUAGUAUCCAGAAACGUAUCGAACAACGUCCUCCCGGUACCCGACACGGAGUCAAGAUUAUUUCAGCAUUUGAACGAGGAAAGACUAUGAGUGGUUUUGUCUACAUUGAGGCUCGGAGACAAGCUGAGGUUCUAGAGGCCCUUGACGGCCUGUUGGACAUUUACCCAAAAACGAAAAUGAUAUUGGUGCCUGUCAAGGAAAUGCCGGAUCUUCUGCGGGUCAAAAAGUCUGCAGAGCUCAAUCCGGGUGACUGGGUGAGGGUCAAGCGUGGUAAAUACCAGAACGAUCUUGCUCAGAUCGAAGAAGUCGAAACCAACGGCCUCGAAGUCACCGUCCGCCUUAUUCCUCGUCUUGACUACGGACUCAAUGAAGAUCACCAAGCGCCUGUUGAUGCUAAGCGGAAGAGGUUCGGCGCUGCGAAUAAUUCUGCUGCUCGGCCUCCACAACGUCUCUUCAGCGAGGCGGAAGCGAGCAAGAAGCAUGGCAGGCAUCUGGUUGGUACUUCCAACUUGAGCGGAAAGUCAUGGAACUACCUAGGGGAUACCUAUGUUGAUGGUUUCCUUGUCAAAGAGAUGAAGAUCCAACAUCUGAUCACAACAAAUGUGAACCCUCGAUUGGAAGAAGUUACCAUGUUUGCUCGUGGAUCUGAAGAUGGUGCCGCCAAUCUCGACCUGGCAUCACUGGCCAAUACGCUGAAGAACACGGUUAGCGAGGACGCAUACCGCCCUGGCGAUAUGGUUGAAGUGUACAAGGGCGAGCAACAGGGCAUAAUCGGUCGUACUGUCGCAACACGUAACGAUAUCAUUACGCUGGAGGUCACAGAAGGCGAUAUGAAAGGACAAAGAAUAGAUGCGCCAGUCAAAACACUACGAAAGACAUUCCGAGAGGGUGAUCAUGUCAAAGUCAUUGGUGGUAGCCGUUACCAAGACGAGCUGGGUAUGGUGGUGCAAAUCAAUGGCGACAGCGUCACUAUCCUCAGUGACAUGAGCAUGGAGGAAAUCACUGUUUUCAGCAAAGACCUGCGGCUCUCAACCGAGUCUGGCGUUGAUGGCAAGCUUGGAACGUUUGAUGUGCAUGACCUGGUGCAACUUGAUGCUAUCACUGUUGCAUGUAUUAUUCAGGUCGACCGGGAGUCACUCCGUGUUAUCGAUCAAAAUGGCUCCGUGCGCAAUGUCCUACCAUCGAGAAUCGCCUCUAAGAUUUCGAUACGAAAGGAUGCUGUAGCUACAGAUCGCAACGGUGCAGAGAUUCGCCAUGGCGACACAGUGCGCGAGAUGUACGGCGAACAGCGAAGCGGAGUCAUCAUGCACAUUCAUCGAUCAUUCCUUUUCUUGCACAAUAAAACUCAGACCGAAAACACCGGUGUCAUUGUGGUUCGCACCUCGAAUGUCGUCACAGUGUCGGCCAAGGGAGGCCGCUCUACCGGCCCUGACCUCUCGCGGAUGAACCCGGCCAUAAUGCAGCGGCCACCCCAAGGCUCUGCUAUGCCGCCACCUAGAACAGGUGGACGUGAUCGCCUGGUUGACAAGACUGUUGGUAUUACGAAAGGCAGUUACAAAGGUCUUAUCGGUAUCGUGAGAGAAACCACAGAAGACCUGGUGCGAGUUGAACUACACACCAAGGGAAGCAAAGUAAUGAUUCCGCGAGGUAGUGUCGUUGUGAAGGACCCUGUCACCGGACAAACAAUUGAUAUGAACCGUGGUGGACGUCCUCGUGCACCGGGUGGAGCUGGAGGUCCCCCCAGAGACGCAGGUUGGUCUGGCUCACGAACUCCGAUGGCGUCCAUGGACUCAAGAACUCCUGCAUGGACCGGGUCGUUGUCUUCCAGAACUCCUGCUUGGGGUGGCUCUUCCGGCAGCGGCUCACGAACACCAGCUUGGAAAGCCGACGGAUCACGCACAUCCUACGGUGGAGCUACAUCUUACGGCGGAGCUACAGCCUACGGUGGCGGUAUGGGCGGAGGACGCACACCAGCAUGGAACAGCGGAGCCCGGACUCCCUACGACUCGAGCGCGGGCAGCAGUGGUUUCGACUCCUUCGCAUCAGGCUCUCGCACUCCAGCAUGGGGCUCCGGUUCAGGCGGCGGUGGUGGACGCACACCUGCUUGGACCGGCAGUGGCUCAUCGGCCAGCAAGGCCUACGAUGCACCCACCCCCGGCGGCGACUAUUCAGCACCUACGCCCGGCGCGUAUCCGACUGCGCCCACCCCCGGCGCUUCAGGUUCAGCUGCGACUCCGCGCUGGUCAGAUAAUGCGCCUACUCCUGGAGCAUUGAAUGCACCAACGCCCGGUGCUUAUGGGGGAGGUCCACCGCACGACGCUCCUACUCCGGCCAUGGCUGCUACACCUGGUGCUACCGGCGAUGAUAAUCCGACGUAUCUAGAUGAUUCGGAAUGA